CACAAUGCUUCCAAAGUUGUUCCUCGUCAUUUCUACACUAAUUUCCUCCUUCAUUUUCACUACUCAUUCUUAUAAUACCCAAUGUCUUCACCAUCAGAAAAUCUUGUUGCUUCAACUCAAGGAUGAGUUGAGUUUCAAUUCUUCUCUUUCAACAAAAUUGGUGCGAUGGAAUGAAAGGGAUGAGUGCUGCAAGUGGCCCGGUGUGGCAUGUGAUGCUGCUGGCUACGUCGUUAGUUUGCAGCUCCAUAACGAGUCCAUUUCUGGUGGAAUCGCGGAUUCAUCGAGUCUCUUCAGACUUGAAUAUCUAGAGAAUCUUAACCUGGCCUACAAUAAGUUCAACAACACUCCCAUUCCGAAAGGUAUUCACAAUCUCACCUAUUUGACACACUUGAAUUUAUCCUAUGCUUAUUUUGGUGGGCAGGUUCCCGCUGAAAUUUCUUCCUUGAGGAGGUUGGUUAGUCUCGACAUCUCCAACGAGUAUUCGGGACCUCCAAGUCCUGAGCUCCCAAAUUUGGAGAUGCUUGUCCAAAAUCUAACAGGGCUUCGAGAGCUCUAUCUUGAUUAUGUCGAUGUUACUUCAUCUCAUGAGAGGAGAAAAUGGAACCACAUUAUAUCAUCAUAUUUACCCAACCUCACUGCGUUGAGCUUGCGUGGUUGUGGUUUGUCUGGCCCUUUAGCUGAGUCCUUUUGGCAACUCCAUUCCCUUUCCAUCCUUCGAUUGGGUUAUAACAAUCUUUCAACAGAAGUUCUGGACUCGUUCGCCAAUUUUCCAAGUUUGACUUCUUUGUCUCUUUAUAGCUGUGGUUUGAAGGGUUCGAUUCCAUCCACCUUUGCUAACCUAACCAACCUGAUUCGUGUUGAUUUGUCAAGUAACUUCUUCACAGGCUCACUUUCUUCUAUGCUGUUUGAAGGUCUUUCCAAUCUUGUUUAUUUAGAUUUGAGGAAUAAUUCAUUCUCUGGUAAUAUUCCCCACUCUCUCUUUGCUCUCCCUUCAUUGUUGGGACUGGAUCUUAGCAGCAAUCAAUUUAAUGGCACUUUGCAACUAGACAAAUGUCAAAACCUUGCCAAUCUAACCCGACUUGAUCUAUCUCACAAUAGAUUGUCAGUAGAUGUAGGCAACCUCAAUUCAACUUCAUAUGGAAGUCUCCAACUAAAAGUGUUAACACUAGCUUCAUGUAAUUUGUCCCAUUUUCCUAGUUGGAUUUGGGGAACACAACUUUGGUAUUUGGACCUCUCUUAUAAUCUUCUAACAGAUCUGCAAAAGCCUUACCAUAUCCCUGCUUCUCUUCGAUUCCUAUUCUUGCAGUCUAACCAGCUCAAGGGUGAGUUGCACCUGCCCAUUCCAUCUGCGUCUCAACUCUCGUACUUGUUUCUUGGUAAUAACAGUUUAAGUGGAUCGAUUCCAACCUCCCUUUGCAGUGCCACGAGCCUCCGUGUUCUUGAUUUGUCUGGCAAUAGAUUAAGUGGCAGCAUACCCCCUUGCUUACUUGAAAACAUUUCAGAGUUAGAUCUAAGCCAAAACAACAUCAGCGGUAGCAUUCCAGAUAAUUUUCCAAUGGAUUGUUUUCUAGCAUAUUUGGAUGUUAACAAUAAUACUUUAGAAGGGAAAAUCCCAAAGUCCCUUGAAAGAUGCGAGCAGUUGCAGUUCAUGAAUGUUGGGAACAACAACAUCACUGACAGUUUCCCGUGCAUGCUAUCAUCGAAGUUGCGAGUUCUUGUUUUGCACUCUAACAGAUUCCAUGGGGAAGUAAGAUGUCACAACAUGAACUGGGAAGAUCUCCAAAUUCUAGAUAUAUCUUCCAAUCAGUUCAGUGGAAAUCUGGAAUCGAUAAACUUUUCUAGUUGGAAGACAAUGAUGCUACAGAGUGAUGAACAAUUGAGGAACGGCGAUUCAAAUUUCUAUUACUCACAAUUGUGGUAUUCAUUACGCAUCACAUUAAUCAUGAAAGGGAGAAAUUCAGAGUAUCACACGAUUUGGCCAAAGUUUGGUAUCAUUGAUUUCUCUUGCAAUAAUUUCGGAGGAGAGAUACCAAAUGCAAUUGGUGAUCUUACCUCACUUCAUCAGCUCAACCUCUCCCACAAUGCCCUCAAUGGAAGCAUCCCAAACUCAUUUGGUCAGUUGAGUAAUCUCGAAUCACUCGACCUCUCUGUAAAUCGACUCAUCGGGCCAAUACCAGUGGAGCUUGCAGGGCUCACAUUUCUUCAAGUCCUGAAUCUGUCCUACAAUAAGCUGGUUGGAGAGAUCCCAAAUGGCCGUCAGUUACAAACAUUUUCAGCUGAUUCCUUCAAAGGGAAUCCGGGGUUGUGUGGUUUCAAUCUCAACAUAAGCUGCAGUAGUGAUAGUGAUGACAGUGAUCAUUUGUCACCAGAAGAAGAUGAAAACGGGGAAGAGAAGAGUGAGAUCGAGUGGGAGUAUGUAUCUUCUGCGCUUGGUUAUGUUGUGGGAUUAGGAAGCAUUGCAUGGACGCUUUUAUGCCGCAGAAGCUUCAGAGAAAGAUAUUUCGAGAAAAUAGAAGAGAUUGUUGACAAGAUUUUCUACGAGAGAGCCAGGAGAAGAAGACAUGAAAGAAGAAGAAGAAGAGUAGAGAUGAGGAAUGAGGUUAGGAGACAGCAGAGAAGAUGAUAUACAAUUUAGAUACUUAAAUAAACAAGGCUGUUUAGAGUUUAAUGUGAGUGUCAAGGUUUUUGUUUUGCUUUUUUUUUUUGAUGUGUAAUUUUCAAAAUGACUAGAAUUAUAAAGUUGACAGUGAUCUAUA